AUGCGGAGCUCGAGUAGAGUCGCCCAGAGCAGUGCUCGUUUGGCGAGCCUCAGCCUUUUGUGCUUGGCACAAGGAGUGAGUGCUCUAGUCGACAGCUCUGGGUUGAGCAACUAUUCCUUUCCUGAAGAUUUUAUAUUUGGAGUAGCGACGGCCGCAUUUCAAAUUGAAGGUGGAUGGAAUAUAGGAGGUAAGGGUGAAAGUAUAUGGGACACUUAUCUACACAAGCAUCCAAAUUUUACAAUAGAUGGAUCAAACGGAGAUAUUGCUGCCGAUUCUUAUCACAAGUACAAAUCAGAUAUUAGCAUUAUCAAAUCUCUUGGUGUCAAAUAUUACAGAAUGUCUAUUUCCUGGCCAAGAAUUCUACCGAACGGGUAUGAUAACUUCAUAAAUAAAGACGGGGUGAGAUAUUAUCGAAGCAUCUUCAAGGAGCUUUUAAAAGAAAAUAUAACUCCUGUGGUAACGCUUUUCCAUUGGGAUUUGCCAACCCCGCUUAUGGAUUUAGGAGGAUGGAGCAAUCCUAAAAUGAUAGAUUAUUUUGAAGAUUACGCAAAUGUUGCAUUUACUCUUUUUGGAGAUAUAAUUAAGACAUGGUCUACUAUAAACGAACCUCACCAACAUUGUUAUAAAGGAUACGGUAGCGAUGAGUUUGUCCCAGCAAUGAAGUCCGGUGGAUUUGGAGAGUACCUGUGUGCUCAUUAUUUACUACUUGGGCAUUCCAGGGUUUAUCACCUAUACGACAAAAAAUUUAGACCUCAUCAAAAAGGUAAAAUUGGAUUAACACUAGAUGCAUUUUGGGCAGUACCGAAGGACAAAUCAAAUCAUUCAGACGUGUUAGCUGCUGAGAGAUAUCUUCAGAUGCGUCUGGGAAUUUUCGCACACCCGAUAUAUUCCUUGGAAGGUGACUAUCCGGACCUGGUCCGAGAACGUAUUGACAAUUUAAGUCUUUCGCAAGGCUAUACGAGAUCCCGUUUACCAUAUUUUUCAAGAAAAGAGAUUGACUUAUUGCGUGGUAGCUCAGAUUUCUUUGGAAUAAAUCAUUAUACAAGUUACCUCAUGUCUGAUAUGCCAAUGGAUAUAGACUAUCCUGUUCCUUCGUGGGAUCAUGACACAGGCGUUUUAGUAGAACAAAAUCCAAAAUGGCCUAUACCAGGAGUUUAUUGGUUGUCGGUGUACCCACCAGGUUUUCGGGGACUUCUCAAUUGGAUUACAAAGAAUUACGGAACGAAAAUUCCAAUAAUAGUCACUGAAAACGGCAUGUCAGACUUCGAAGAGAUAAACGACUAUGCUCGUGUUUCAUACUACAAUAAUUAUCUUUACCAAUUGUUACUUGCGAUUCAUGAAGAUGGCUGUAAUAUUCAAGGAUAUUUUGCGUGGACACUAAUGGACGACUUUGAGUGGAAGGAUGGAUACACAGUUAAAUUUGGACUUUUCCAUGUAGAUUUCAAUAGCACAGAAAAGACAAGAACUCCUAAACUAUCUGCAUUUAAUUACGCUGAAAUAGUAAGAAAAAGGCGAAUUAAUUUUAAAUAUAUGGAAACGAGACCAUCGUCAAAUCGUUUAUAA